GAGAACAUAUUUCCUAUUGCCGGGCAUUAUUAACCAGAUCUGAAUCUUACUUCAUAAUUAAGUCCCUCGGAGGAUUUAUCAUUUAAGACCGCAGACGCAUUAGCUCCGGAUCGCCAUAUGCGCCGUUACCUGGAAGGACUUGACACUCGUAUGCUAACACGAGCUCCGCCUUUUCAUUUUCUCGGCAUCUUUUUAUUUGUAUAUUCUUCAUAAGGAGCUCUACCGGUUCUAGAGGUCCUCAUACCUCAUAUAUAUACCCUUCAAGAUGACGGACCAAGGAGCCUUGAAUUCCCCUGAAUCUUUGGACACUCCAAUGGAAAGACAUGUCCAAGCUGCUAGGAUGGUGUCCCUUGAUUUUGGCCAACAUCCGGAUGGAUUUUUGGAACGCAUGGCCGUGAAUAUAGCAGCGUUAUCCACUGGCCGGCAACCGGCCGACUCUUUUGCACCCGGGAGGAUUGAGAACCGCCUGGCCUUAUGGUAUCAUAGGAAUGAUGGUCCUUGGACGCCUGCCGGAUUGAUGCCCUCCCCGGGCAAUAUUAGGAAUUCAUCUCUCCUAAGAAACCUGCGGAAUGUUCAAUUUCCGCUCUAUGGCCUGUACCGGGAUAAUCCAUCUGAAUGUGAUACAGUCCCGCCCGCAGGAAUACCUUCUGAUUCGGGAUAUGGCGGGAGCCAUGCUGCUAAGCAUAGCGUUGCUAAUAGCUCUGUCUAUAACGAGCCCAUUGAUCGAAAUCAAGAGCUGUUAGGUGAUGCGAACUUUCUUUCUCAUAGCCAGGAUAUAGCGUCCAGAAUAAGUGCAGAAACUCCUUGGUCUCAAUCACAACCACCGUCGACAUCCCCCCAAUCAGCCAUUGCUCUCCAAGCCACCCCCGACGGGGGCAAGGUCUGCGAGAUAUGCGGUAAAGUAUCGAAGACGAAGUCUGAAUUCAAGAAGCACAAACAAAGACAUGAUAAGCCUUUCAAGUGCAUUGUGAAAGGCUGUACUCGCCGUGAAGGCUUCAGUACUCCCAACGAUCUUGAUAGACACAAACGAAGCCUGCACCCGGGAGAGGACGCAGUUGGUGAUCGUUACCGGUGCCAGGUCGGCCCUUGCGCGAAUAAAGAUAAAAUCUGGCCUCGUGCUGACAACUUCCGAGCCCACAUGAAGCGUGUUCACAAAGUUGAGUUGUUAAAAGAUGAAGACUUAGAUCAGUAUAAGUGCAGACCAGAAGCUCUACCUAAGGAUACUUCGAGCGUAGCUCCGAAUACUGCAGCUUCCGAAAUUAACAUGUCAAAUAUAUUUCCCGAUAUAUAUGGCAACGAUAUCUCUGAUAACUGGGAAUCGUCUCAAGGCCGAGCCAUUGACAAAUCCGACGACACAACCCCACCAGAAGGACCAAAUGAAGUUCAAGUGGAGGGAGCCUCAUCGGUUAUAGAGCUUAACGAGGACCGCCCAGAUGAAUAUAAUGGCAAUACAGCACAAGUAGUACUUUUGAAGGGCAAGGACGCUCCAUUUGAAACCCAAACGGAAAUGCCCAGUCCGCUUUCUUCCCAACCUGGUCCAUCUCUCGGCGACUUAGAACCCACAAAGGCUAUGCAGUUGAGGGAAGAUGAACCUACCUUCCAUCCUGAAAUCUUGGGUCCUGAAUUGGUUGACGACUCAAGUACUUUAAGUCACCAGCAGGCUGAUGCGCCGGACGAACCUCGGGCUCGUCCUAGCGAACUAACUCUUGGAAGCCUUGAGCCUAACGUACAGCCGGAAAGGCUGAUGGAUGAUAGCGAGAAAAGCGAUGUCUCCGCUGAACCCAAGGAUCGUGGACAACAAAAGCCAAAUCUCGAGGACCCUGAAUUCGUAUCGAAGAUAUUUGAGCUGAUCCAAGACAAGAACCCCGAAUUUUUUUUGAAGAUACUUGAGCAGAUCCAAGACAAGAACCCCGAACUUUUAUUGAAGGUACUUGAGCUGAUCCAAAACAAGGGUAUGCUUGAUGCAGUUCAAAAAUUUGGGCGGAAGAAGGAUGACUCCCAAGAAACAGAUAUGGCCAGGCAGGAGGCGGCUAAUGAUAUUGCCCCCCAAACUCAUGUUUGUCCUCAGUGCAAAAAGCCAUUUGGUCGGCGUUGUGAAUUAAGAAAACACGAAAAACGGCAUUUGAAACCGUAUGGAUGUACAUUCAAAGACUGCAAGAAGACUUUUGGUAGCAAGAACGACUGGAAACGUCAUGAAAACAGUCAGCAUGUUAUGCUGGAGCACUGGAUAUGUGAUGAAAAGCAGGCGGACAAUCCUACCGAGCCCUGUGGGAAGAACUUUUCCCGAUGGGACCUGUUCAAACAACAUCUUAGUGCAUCGCACAAUAUCGAGGCACAGGAAUAUUUAGACCGUAAGCUUGAGACAUGUCGCAUAGGGAGGAAUUCUGAGACUCGGUUUUGGUGUGGAUUCUGCCAGCAUGUAAUUGAAGGUGGAGAAGCUCGGAUAGCACGAUACAACCAUAUCGAUGAUCAUUUCCAGGGUCGCAAUAACCAGACGAAAAGAGAUAUCAGCCACUGGAUAAGCCUUGAAGAUGAUAGCAUCGUAUCUUCGGAGUCUGCUUCUUCGUCAAACAACCCCGAUACACAGAGCAGUAGCGAAGCUGAGAAGCCACGCACUGAAGUUUCAAAUCACAAGAGAAAAAGGGGCAAUGAUUUGGACCUAGUCGCUUCCCAGCGUACUGAGAUGAUAUUAAUUGUGUGUGUAUGUGGUGUCCCCUCCCCUUGUCCUGUCUGUGACUAGUAGUCUAAUUUACUUGCAGUGCGAAUGCGGUGAUCUCAUGCCUGUAUCGAACAGACAAUGCAUCAACGCCGACUGCCAACACAAGGUAUGCGAGAAUUGCGACCAUUGAAAAUUGUGGCAUAGACCUUGUAAAGUGUUGUAAUAUAGUCGUCUAGCUAUGAGGAUGUUAUGAAUA